CACAUGUAGAUGAUAUUGUAGUGGGUGCGAUGGUAAGCUGUGAUACCACAUUCGUGCCCAAGCAUGUGGCGGGACAACACGCACCUGUCAAAUUCUCCGCCGCCAUAUUGUUGCCUUUGACGUUUGCUGUUGCGUUCGAAAAUCGGGUGCUCGGAUACACAUACCAGUUUUGUGUUUAGUGUAUGACAAUGUUUGUGUGCUGUGUGGUGUCGUUAUAGUGUACUGUGGUGCGGUGUGUGUUUAAUUUUAUAAAAAAUACUACGAACAGUACAAGAUACUUAUCUAGUCGACGUACUUUUAUAAAAAUGUUAAUACAGUUCCCUUGACUGAUAACUCUAUAGCUGGUGAGGGAAACAAAGAGAGAUAGAGAGAGACAGAAGACGAAAAAGAGUUUGAUUGCGAAGGAAUUUUAGAAGAAGAUACAGAGAUGGAUACUAAAAAUGAUGCACGCGGUGAUGACAUCGAACUGAGUGUUCAAGGAGCUAGCAGCAAGCCUACCACCGUGGUCAAGUCCAAGUCUGACCUCCCCGAACGAGGGUCAUGGGGUAGUAAGCUAGACUUUAUCCUCUCCGUCAUAGGUCUAGCCAUUGGUCUCGGCAAUGUGUGGCGUUUCCCUUACCUUUGCUACAAAAAUGGCGGUGGAGCAUUCCUCAUACCUUAUUUCCUUACGUUAUUCCUUGCUGGUAUUCCGAUGUUCUUCAUGGAACUGGCCAUGGGACAGAUGCUUACGAUCGGUGGUUUGGGAGUAUUCAAGAUUGCACCGAUUUUCAAAGGUAUCGGUUACGCAGCUGCAGUGAUGUCUUGUUGGAUGAACGUUUAUUACAUCGUGAUUCUUGCUUGGGCUAUUUUUUACUUCUUCAUGUCUAUGAGAGCAGAUGUCCCUUGGCGUUCAUGUGACAACUAUUGGAACACGGACACUUGUGUUAAUCCUUACGACAGGAAGAACCUAACCUGCUGGUCCGAUUUCGACAUGACAACAUUCUGUACUCUUAAUGGCAAGAAUGUCAGCAAAGCUAUCCUCUCCGAUCCCGUUAAGGAAUUCUGGGAACGUCGUGCACUUCAAAUUUCAAGCGGUAUUGAGCAUAUCGGUAAUAUCCGUUGGGAGCUCGCUGGAACACUUUUGCUAGUGUGGGUGCUUUGCUACUUCUGUAUUUGGAAGGGUGUCAGAUGGACUGGCAAAGUUGUCUACUUCACUGCCUUAUUCCCUUACUUCCUGUUAACCGUGUUGCUCAUAAGAGGUAUUACUCUACCCGGUGCAAUGGAAGGUAUAAAAUUCUAUAUAAUGCCUAACAUGUCGAAACUUCUCGAGUCCGAAGUAUGGAUCGAUGCGGUCACACAGAUAUUCUUCUCAUAUGGUCUUGGAUUGGGGACGCUAGUGGCUUUGGGAAGUUACAAUAAGUUCACGAACAAUGUUUACAAGGACGCAUUGAUAGUGUGUUCAGUUAACUCGAGUACGUCAAUGUUUGCUGGUUUUGUGAUAUUCUCCGUAGUUGGUUUUAUGGCUCACGAACAGCAAAGACCCGUAGCGGAAGUUGCAGCAUCAGGACCAGGGCUAGCUUUCCUCGCUUAUCCAUCAGCAGUUCUCCAGCUCCCAGGAGCUCCUCUCUGGUCGUGUCUGUUCUUCUUCAUGUUGCUCCUCAUAGGUCUUGACAGUCAGUUCUGCACUAUGGAAGGUUUCAUCACAGCUGUGAUUGACGAAUGGCCCAAACUCUUGAGAAGGAGGAAGGAAAUAUUCAUCGCUAUUACAUGUGUUAUAUCUUAUUUGGUCGGACUUUCUUGCAUUUCGGAGGGUGGGAUGUACGUUUUCCAAAUUUUAGACUCCUACGCCGUAUCUGGGUUCUGCUUACUUUUCUUGAUCUUCUUCGAAUGCGUCUCCAUAUCUUGGGCAUUUGGCGUGAACCGUUUCUACGAUGGUAUCAAAGAAAUGAUUGGCUACUAUCCCACAAUUUGGUGGAAGUUCUGUUGGGUUGGAUUCACUCCUGCUAUCUGUAUUAGCGUUUUCAUUUUCAACCUGGUGCAAUGGACUCCGAUCAAAUACAUGAACUAUGAGUACCCGUGGUGGUCACAUGCCUUCGGCUGGUUCACUGCGCUGUCCUCCAUGCUGUGCAUCCCCGGGUACAUGAUCUAUCUGUGGCGAGUGACUCCUGGAACUAACAUGGAGAAAUUCCACACGAUCGUUCGUAUACCCGAAGAUGUUCCCUCGCUACGCACAAAGAUGCAACAAGAGGAACAAGCCAAACACGGAAAAGCUUAAGAAAAACUUAACAUCUUUCGAUCUCGAUCGGGUAGAGUUUCGACAACGUGAGUAUUCAAAUGUAUCGAUGUGUCUAAGAGUACUUCAACGGAUAAAUAUUCGAAAGAUUCACGCACAAUUUUAUCAUUAUCAAAAAAUGGCAUAUUACGUAGAUUGUUUACAUUAAGCGUGUUUAAUCUCUAGUGCAUAAAUGUAAUUUUUUAGGGUUAUAAUUCGUUUUUGUUAUUAAUAUUAUUUAUAAUUAAGUUUGUGUGUUUAAACGUUUAAGUCUCACCAAAUUUUUUGACAUUUCUUGGGUGCGACGCGAUGCGUUCAUGUAUGUUUGUACCUUACGCUAUAUUUUGAUAAUUUUAAUUAGUUUUAGUAUGAGAACUAAUGUUAACUAUAUUAUUGUCGUCUUCCAUGUAGUCAAUGCUUUAUAUAAUAAUACAUUAAAUAUACACAUAUAUAAAUUAUUUUGUAACCGAUUAUAAUCAGUAAUUGAUUUUUUAUAUAAAUGUUCGACAAUUCUUAGUGAAAUUAUAAUACGUCAAUCAGUACUAUUAUUUGUAUCUGAUUUAAAUUUAAAUAACGCAUAUUUAUUUAAAGAUAUAUUUUAAUCGUUAUUAUCCUGAAAGGAUUUAGAUGUAAGAUCAGAAAUGACUAUAAUUUUUAGAUUAGGUAUUUUAUUGUAUUUAUGAGUAAAACGCAACGAGACGCGGUUAUAUGUGUGGUGUUUUUGAAGUAAUAUUGUUAGAUUAAUCACUUUUAAAUCUUCUACUUUAAUAUAUACAAUGAGAACUAUGUAAUCGAAAGCAUGUGCAUGAAACAUGUGUAUUGCAAUAGUUAAUUUAUUAUUAUUUAUACGUCUUAUUAGACUUUUGUUUACUAAUCUUUUGGUUCAGCUUUAAUAGUGUAAUAUAGUUCAAGUAAUGUUUUAGUUCAUUUAAUGUCUUUAAAAAAACUUUCAAAGCUUAGAUCAAUUUCAAAUUUAACGAUGAAACAACUGUGUUCGAUCCGUGACCAAAAUUAUAAACAAUCUUAUAUACAAAAAACUAAAUAU